GCCAGUGUCAGUCUGACUCAGUCAGUCGGUCCUCUGAAAUCCUAUGCACGCCAUCCCCCGUGUGAUUAGCACGUCUCCUCCCUUCUCUCUCUGCGUUUGUGUCUCCCGCAGGCCCGCCUCCGCUGCUUCAUCUGCGGGGAAAGUAGAGACGCAGCACGUAUCGAGUGGAUGAGCCUUCAAUUCAAAACGACGGACACACAUUCUCAAAAGGCAGCCUGCCUUUGUGCCCCAUCCGCCCUUCCUCACCACCAAAAGGAGAGAUCCAAGGGCUCAAUGCUGUCGGAUCCUUGAUGUCCGCCUCGUUGUCGUGCGGCAAAAGGGGAGAGAGGACGCCAAGAUAUAAAAUGUAGACAGGGAUAGAAGAGACCUGCAGACACACACCGGCACAGAAAUGAUGGAGACAUGGUCGGGCUGGGGAUGCUGGUGCUACGGCUGGACUCUAACCAAGGGGGUAACCCGUGAAGCCUAAACUCGUUUUCUCCGUACCUGUGUGUUUCUGUUUGUGUGUAGAGAUACUGUCACUUUGAGUGAAGAGCUCUCUGUCCCGUGCUGUUUGAUCUUGACUAGCGGCAAUUCCUUCGAUACCAAACACCAAACACUGCAAGCUCAAGUGUUGAUGCUUCACAGCCUGAAUGACCACUCCGGCUACGUAGCUUUUGCAGAGAGCCGGGAAGUCAACUGCGAAAAAAAAGGAGACUCAUGGCGAGAGACGGGAUGCAAGCUUGCAUUGGGGGCUUCCCUUCCCUUCCCCCCUCGACGGCGUGAAGGCUCAAUGUGAUGUUGCUCCUGAUCCACCCUUCUUGCUUUCCUACUUCCCUACCUCAU